UGUCACUCACGGGAUGUUUCACAAUCACUUUGAAGUCAAAGUUCACUACAGCAAAUUUUCACACGUUUCUCCAAUUUCCGGUGUAACGCUAAAAAAAAUGUCAGUUGUGAGUGGCACUUUGAUAGGCAGUGAAAUUGUUAAAGCGGAUAUGUCAGAUUACCUAAAAGCUUUUCCUGCAAAGUUCGCACGCCAUCUGCUGAUCAAGAAAGUACCACGAACAUCAAGACAUAUACCACUUCUAGAUCAAACAGUCAGGGAAGGCAUUAUUUAAGUCCUCCGGCUAGCAGAGAAAGAUUCAUCACAGAGUCAUUCCCGACGAUACACAAGAACAUAUUCUGAGAAAAAUCUUUUCAUGAAUUACUGAUCGGCUUAUGAAACCACAGGAAGGAUAUUCCCACCAGCGCUGUACAACUCGGGUCAAAGUUAUCAAGUUGUCCGGAAAACUUAGACGCAUCGGAACAUGAAGAUGAAAACUCUUAUAAUUUACGUUUUGGCCACACUUUUGACAACAGAAAUGAUACAAUUCCCGAACACAGCACAUGCUGCCCCGAGUCAACGAAAUUUCAAGAGCGAAGAUGAGAUAAUAGAAGGUGACAUAUUAGUGACCGAACCUCUCAGACGUGCCAUGAAGGCGGGCAACUCAAGGACCAGACGUGACAUUGUUAGCAACAAGAUCAAAAGAUGGCCGGAUGGUGUAGUGCCAUACAAAUUAGAUUCUAGCCUAAGUAAAGAAGCUAUCAAGGCAAUUAAGGUAGCUAUACGUGAGUUCCACAGAAGGACUUGUGUAAAAUUCGUCCUUCACACCAACGAACAGGACUAUCUGGAAUUCCAAGGAAGUUACGGCUGCUUCUCAGCCAUUGGCCGUCAGGGUGGAAAGCAGCGACUCUCUGUCGGUGAAGGAUGCGAAUAUAAGGGAACAGUCCUGCACGAGAUCAUGCAUGCUCUGGGAUUCUUUCACGAACACUCUCGCACUGACAGGGACGACUAUAUCAUGGUUCUAUGGUGGAACAUUGAGCCAGGAUUCGAAAAGAAUUUCGAAAGUUACGGUCCUGAACGACUUGACAGUGUCGGAGAACCGUACGACUUCGACAGUCUUAUGCACUACGACAACCAAGCUUUCAGCAAAAACGGCCAAAACACACUGGAGUCUUUAGCGAAUCCUAACAGAUCCUUGGGGAAUAUGGAUGAUUUUAGCAAAAUUGACAUAAAACAGCUGUUAAAGAGUUACCCCUGCAAGGCUGGGGAUAAGAAACCAAAAGACAAGAAGAAGGAGAGAUCACCAGAGAGUAAAUGCCUUGAUGUCUAUCAAAACAGAUGUAAAUAUUUCGCAUCUUACGAUGGAUAUUGCCAACAUUGGAAGUCGUUCAUGAAAAAGUGGUGUCCCUAUUCCUGUGGCUACUGUAAAACAGAGUCGCCUGAUAAAAGGCUGAAUAUAUGGAAAGGAGAAAAUGACACAAAGUGAAAGGCUCACUGGUUAGAGUGCAUUUCCAUUAGGUGUCGUGGAACCA